AUGUCAAAUGUAUCCUUGGAGAUCCCGAAUUGCAUAGCGACUUGGUUGAAGAAGUUGACUGUGAAUUUGGAAGAGUUGUUGAUCUUCUCAAAAGAGGAUAUCGAAACUGAGAAGUCAAAAGAAACUGAAGCCGCCACAAAAACCAAGGGAAAGAAGAAUGGUGUAAGACCUUCACGUGAAGUAGACCAUCAAGAAGAAGAUGAUACAGAAGUCGAACACGGGGCUAAAGAAAGUGACACAUCAAAAGUCAAUGAAGAACAGCCACAAGAGGAAGAGGAACAAGAAGUCGAUGUGGACGACGGUGAUAAAGAGAGUGAAAAUUCAGAAACCAAUGAAGAUGGAGAAGUAAAUGAGGAUGAAUCUAAAAAGCACGUGAAGGGUACAAAGAAACGUGGAAGAGUACCUAAGGGAAUGAAGAAAGGUGUAACAACCCCACGUGAAGUACAACAACAAGUAGAGGAUGAUGCAGAAGUGGACGUCGGUGCUAAAGAAAUUGAAAAUCCAGAAACCAAUGAAGAUGGAGAAGUAAAUGAGGAUGCAUCUAAAAAGCCUGUGAAGGGUACAAAGAAACGUGGAAGAGGAACUAAGGGAACGAAAAAAGGUGUAACACCCCCACGUGAAGUACAAAGACAAGUAGAGGAUGAUGCAGAAGUGGACGUCGGUGCUAAAGAAAUUGAAAAUCCAGAAACCAAUGAAGAUGGAGAAGUAAAUGAGGAUGCAUCUAAAAAGCCCGUGAAGGGUACAAAAAAACGUGGAAGAGGAAAUAAGGGAAUGAAAAAAGGUGCAACACCCCCACGUGAAGUACAACAACAAGUAGAAGAUGAUGCAGAAGUGGACGUCAGUGCUAAAGAAAUUGAAAAUCCAGAAACCACUGAAGAUGGAGAAGUAAAUGAGGAUGCAUCUAAAAAGCCCGUGAAGGGUACAAAGAAACGUGGAAGAGGCACAAAGGGAAUGAAGAAAGGUGUAACACCCCCACGUGAAGUACAACAACAAGUAAAAGAUGAUGCAGAAGUCGAUGUUAAAGAAAGUAAAAAUCCAAAAACCAAUGAAGAUGGAGAAGUGAAUGAAGAUGCAUCUAAAAAGCACAUGAAGUUUACAAAGAAACGUGAAAGAGUAACUAAGGAACCUAACGUUGACACCUCCAAACCAAAAAGACAAAAGAAACAAGAAGAUUCAGCUGCUGAUGCGAUAGGACGUGUAUUGGAAGAUCUGAAAAAAGCCGAUUAG